UGCGCGCACUUUGACAUGUUUUGAUCUGCAGCAGUGUUGUGUGAUUACGUCUGUCCUCGCGUGUUCAAAACAAAAAAAAAAGUGCUUCACCGGAUUUCGCCGGCCGCCGGAAUCAUGUCCAACUCGCACCUCUUCCUCAAGUCGGCCUUCCCGCGGGCCCCGCUGGCCAACGGCGUCGGCCGGUACGUGUGCCAGCUGCAGCGAAUCACGCUCAAGUACUGCAAAAAUCACGGCUCCAGCAAGGGAAUGCGCGAGUUCCUGGAGAACGACCUGGUCGACUUUAGCCGGGCCAACCCGGGCGUGGUGGUGUACGUGAAGCCCCGGCGCCACCGGACGGCGGUCAUGAGUGCCGAGUAUCUGGACGGGGACCGGCAGUGGGUCAACUGUGGCAACAGCACCCGCGACGAGAUCCGGAAGUGGGUUGAAGUGCUGCGGACGCAGGCCACCGGUGCCGCCGGGGGAGCUCGGUUGCGCAAGCUGUGGCACACGGACGUGCCGUCGGUGCAGGGACCGUGGACGCCGUUCACGCACCAGCACCCGUCGACGAAUGUGGCGCAGUUUCCGAGUGAGGAGUUGGGCCGCGUGCAGGGACAACCGCAGACGGCCACCGAAGUGCUGCUGGAAAUGUUCAAGGCACAGCAGCUCGAGAGCGGGGACAAAUCCGGCAAGACGGAGGGGUCGUCGUAAGGAAUGCGGUUGGAAGCACUAGUUUUAUUGUUUAUUAGAUUGUAUAAUAAAAGGAAAAUAAUGAAAACUA